AUGGGUGACUGUCUGGAGGACCAUCUUCAAUGUCCCACCUGUCUAGACAUCUUCAAAGAUCCUGUCAUUCUUCCAUGCAGUCACAGCUUCUGCCGUGCGUGUCUGCAGCAGUGGGAUGACAAAGGAGAACGAUCGUGUCCACUCUGUAGGUCAGCGUUUAGUUCGAUGGAACUGCCUUUGAACUUGGCACUGAGGAAUAUGUGUGAGAACCUUCUACGAGCCUCAGUCAAGUCAGAAGACAUCUGCAGCUUGCACCAAGAGGAACUCAAACUCUUCUGUUUGGACCACCGGGAGAUUGUGUGCAUCAUCUGCAGAGACUCAGAAAUCCACGUUGGUCACACGUUCCGGCCCCUCAAAGAAAUUGUGAAAGGUCAUCAGAAGGAACUCCAGGAAGGCCUGCAGAAGGCCAAGGAAAGACUCCAAAUUUACAACGACUGUCGAGAGAACUGCAAUGAACAGGUAGAGUACAUCAAAGUCCAGAAGGAGAAGGUCGAAGGCAAGAUUAAGAAGGAUUUUGAGGAGCUCCGUCGCUUUCUCGACGUCGAGGAGGAGGCCAGGUUGGCUGCGGUAUGGGAGGAAGAGCAGAAGAAGAUUGAGAUCAUGAAGGAGAAGAUUGUGGUUCUGGGCCAACAAAUGACCGUUCUCUCGGAUGUCAUCAGAAGCACUGAGGAGCAGCUGGUGUCUGGCAAUGUUUCUUUCAUGAAGAACUUCAAGACUGCGAUAAGCAGAAUACAGGAGCUGCCGGAAAAGCCACAGCUGCUGCCAGGAGGUCUGCUGGACGAAGCCAAACACGUGGGCAACCUCAAAUUCAAGGUGUGGGAGCGGAUGAAGGAGACUCUCACCUACAGUCCCGUCAUUCUGGACCCCAACACGGCCAAUCCAAGAAUCAGUCUGUCUGAAGAUCUGACCAGUCUGAGCUGGGAAUACGUAUGGCAAGAGCGUCCAAAGAAUCCAGAGAGAUUCCAGAAGUGGCUGUGUGUGCUGGGUGGUGCUUUGGACUCGGGAAGACAUGUGUGGGACGUUGAGGUGGGAGACAACAAUGCCUGGAAAGUGGGGAUCAUGGAUGGGGACCCUUGUUUGCCAGAGAAAAUGACUGGUUGGUUCAUUGGAUUUUGGGAUGGUAUAUACAAAAAGCCCUCUGCCAAUUAUUAUGCAGAGUGGAAUCCGCCUGUCAAAGUGCAGAGGAUUCGAGUCGAACUGGACAUGAAUGAAAGGUCAUUGUACUUCUCUGAACCUCUUACAAACACUGAAUUGUGGAAUAUUAAGAAGCCUUCCGAUUGGCCAAGCUUGUCUGAUAGUAACACCAAAAUGUAUCCUUAUUUUUACACAAAAAGUAAAAUUCCUCUAAAAAUAAUCCCCAUUUCACCUGGUGUUACCACUGCCAUCAGUCAUAACAACUGCAGCUCGACAUUUCCGAACUUGUGCGCUGAGCCUAUCGCCGUCUUCUCUAAAACAAUGGCUGAACGUCUGGAGGAACAUCUUCAAUGUCCCACCUGUCUGGACAUCUUCAAAGAUCCUGUCAUUCUUCCGUGCAGUCACAACUUCUGCCGUGCGUGUCUGCAGCAGUGGAAGGACGCAGGAGAACGAUCGUGUCCAGUCUGUUGGACAAAGUUUGGGUCAAUGGAACUGCCUUCGAACCUGACACUGAAGAAUCUUUGUGAGGACCUUUCACGAGCCUCAGUCAAAUCGGAAGACCUCUGCAGCUUGCAUGAGGGGAAACUUCAACUCUUCUGUUUGGACCACCAGGAGCUUGUGUGCCUCGUUUGUAGAGAUGCAGAAAUCCACAUUGGUCACACGUUCCAGCCCCUCGACGAAGUUGUGAAAGGUCAUCAUGAGGAACUCCAGAGAGGACUGCAGAAGGCCAAGGAAAGACUCCAAGGUUACAACGACUGUCGAGAGAACUUCAACGAACAGGCAGAGUACAUCAAAGUCCAGAGGGAGAAUGUCGAAGGCAAGAUUAAGAAGGAUUUUGAGGAGCUCCGUCGCUUCCUCGACGUCGAGGAGGAGGCCAGGUUGGCUGCGGUCAGGGAGGAAAAGAAGAAGAAGAGUCAGACGAUGAAGGAGAAGAUGGUGGCUCUCGACAGACAAAUGGCCGCUCUCUCGAAUCUCAUCAGAAGCACUGAGGAGCAGCUGGCGUCUGGCAAUGUUUCUUUCAUGAAGAAGUUCAAGACUGCGAUGAGCGGAAUCCAGGAGCUGCCUGAAAAGCCGCAGCUGCUGCCGGGAGGUCUGCUGGACGAAGCAAAACAUGUGGGCAACCUCAAGUUCAAGGUGUGGGAGCGGAUGAAGGAGACGCUCGCCUACAGUCCAGUCAUUCUGGACCCCAACACGGCCUAUCCAAAUAUCAGUCUGUCUGAAGAUCUGAGCAGUCUGAACAGACAUCAGAAGCCUCCAAAUAAUCCAGAAAGGUUCCAGAAAAGGAUGAGUAACUGUGUACUGGGUGCUGCUUUGGACUCGGGAAGACACGUGUGGGACGUUGAGGUGGGAGACAACAAUGGCUGGUCAGUGGGGGUCGCGUGGGGGGACCCUUGUUUGCCAGAGGAAAUGAACACUUUGCUCAUUGAAUUUCGUGAUGGGAAAUACAAAAAACCCGGUGGCAAAAAUAGAGAAUGGAAUCCGCUGGUCAAAGUGCAGAGGAUCCGAGUUGAGGUGGACAUGAAAGAAAGGGCGGUGUCCUUCUCUGAACCUCUGGCAAACACCAAAUUGUGGAGCAAUAAGUGCCCAGAAGAAGAUUGGCAAGACUUGUCCUCCAUGGGAAGUGACCUGCUCUCCUCACAUAUUUCUGUCACCCUCUGUCUGGAUCUGCUCACUAUGUGCGUCCACUGGUUCUUGUCCAACAACCUCUUUGACUUGGAAGCUGACAAGCUCUUCAGCUAUUUGAGCUUUCAGCUACAUCAUGCACCUUUCUGA